AUGGAGAAGGUCGACAGUGAAAUCGAGCUUAUGCCUAUAAGAGAUCGUGCAAUUGACGAACGGGAAAUUGAAUCUCUCACCCGCAUCGCUUCUAGCAAGCUUGGACGAAAGCUAUCCGUGUCUGCUAGCCGCGUCGAGUCCCAAGACCCAAGACUAGAUCCCAACAGCCCUCAGUUUGAUCACCAUCGAUGGGCCCAACAUGUCGUUAGCCAGGUUCAUGAAGCCGGUGAUGAGAUUCUUUCUCAAGGUGUUGUCUUCUCUAAUCUUUUCGUUAGCGGCUCCGGUUCAGCACUGCAGUUUCAGGAGACUUUGCUCUCAAGUCUUACCCUUCUAUUUCGGUAUGCCUCCAGAGCUAUGAAGGGUCGCCUAUCUCCUCCAAGGAGAAUUCUUCACAGCUUUGACGGUUUGCUCGAGGGUGGAGAGCUCCUUUUGGUUCUGGGGCGUCCGGGAAGUGGAUGCACCACCUUCCUCAAAACCCUUUGUGGACAUCUGGGCGGCCUGACUAUGGAACGAAGUAGCUCAAUCCACUUCAAAGGUAUCGGCUUCGAGGAUAUGAUAAAACACCAUCGUGGUGAUGUGGCAUACAAUAAGGAAGUUGAUCUUCAUUUCCCUCACUUGACGGUGGGCCAGACCCUCUCGUUUGCUGCCCACGCUCGUGCUCCUCAUCGGCGUAUCAAAGAUAUGUCCCGAGAUGAGUAUGUGGAGACUCUAACUCAAGUAGUUAUGUCUAUUUUUGGGUUAUCCCAUACAUUCAAUACCGAAGUUGGUAGCGAAUUCGUUCGGGGAAUUAGUGGUGGUGAGCGUAAGCGGGUCAGCAUUGCCGAGAUGUUUCUUUCGCGUUGUCGUAUCGGCGCCUGGGACAACAGUACUCGAGGAUUAGAUGCCGCUUCCGCCUUGAAGUUUGUCCGUGCUCUACGUUUGUCAGCUGAUAUGGCCCAGUCAUGUCAUGCAGUCGCUGCAUAUCAAGCAUCGCAAGGCAUGUUUAACCUGUUCGACAAGGUUGUAGUGCUCUACGAGGGCCACCAAAUCUACUACGGCCCCUGUGAACGAGCAGUAGCUUAUUUUGAGGACAUGGGAUGGGCCAGACCGGAUCGUCAAGUGAGCGGUGACUUUUUGACUGCCAUUACCAAUCCUGAUGAGCGAAAGGCAAUUCCAGGAAUGGAGAACAAGGUGCCUCGCACAGCGAAGGAAUUCGCGGAAUACUGGAAGCGGAGCCCAGAAUAUCAGAGUCUGCGGAAACAAAUCACCGAUUUCGACCAACAACACCCACCUAAUGGCGAGGACGCCAGAAGAUUCAAAGACUACCACAAUCACCAACAGGCUGUACACACCCGCUCUGGUAGCUCAUAUAUCCUAUCUGUGCCGAUGCAAAUCCGCUUGUGUACUCGGAGAGCAUAUCAGCGUAUGCUCAACGACUUGCCUACCGCGCUGUCGCCUCUUGUCGUUCAAUUGAUUCUGUCCUUGAUUAUUGGAUCCGUCUUCUACAAUACGCCUGAUACCUCUUCAUAUUUCUUCCAAAAGGGUGCUGUGUGCUAUUUUGCUGUACUGAUGAAUGCCCUACUCACCAUAAACGAAAUCCUGCAACUCUACAGUCAGCGGCCAAUUGUAGAGAAACAAUCUGGCUAUGCCUUUGUUCACCCCUUCACGGAGGCUCUGGCAAGCAUCGUCGUAGACUUGCCUAUCAAAAUUGUGCGACUUUCCAUCUUCAGCAUCGUUUUAUACUUUAUGGCAAACCUUCGCCGGGAGCCAUCUCAGUUUUUCAUUUUCUACUUGUUCCUAUUUCUUUCUGUUCUAACCAUGUCUGGUCUAUUUCGUAGCCUUGGAGCAUUGACAAGGUCCGUCGGACAGGCCAUGGCACUGGCCGGUAUUCUUGUUCUGUGUAUCGUUGUAUACACUGGAUUUACGCUACCACAGCCGUACAUGCACCCAUGGCUGUCCUGGAUUCGCUGGAUCAACCCGAUUUAUUAUGCCUUUGAAGCAAUUAUUGCCAAUGAGUUUCACGGCAAGAACUACUCAUGCACGUCGAUAAUUCCGAGUUACGCCACUGGCAAGUCUUUCAUCUGUUCUUCUAUAGGUGCAAAGGCAGGCGAGAGAUUUGUCUCUGGAGAUGCGUUCAUCGAACAAAAUUAUUUCUACUAUUACUCUCAUCUGUGGCGAAAUCUCGGAAUCCUCAUUGGAUUUAUGAUUCUCUUCAAUGCGACCUAUCUUGUAGCUACUGAGUUCAUUGCUAGCGACAAGUCAAAGGCUGAGGCACUAGUCUUCCGUCCUGGUCAUGCCCCAGCACACCUCCGAUCCAAUGAUGCAGACGGUGGCGCUGUGAUAAUGAAUACGUUGGAAGCAACAGAGACAAAUGAUACGAUCCUCAUGCCUAGGCGAGAAGACAUUCUUUCUUGGAAGGCCAUCAAUUAUGAUAUUCCGGUGAAGGAAGGAAUUCGACGACUUCUGGAUGAUGUCAAUGGCUGGGUCAAACCUGGUAGCUUGACUGCACUGAUGGGUGUUUCUGGGGCUGGUAAGACGACUUUGUUGGACGUCCUCGCCCAACGGGUGUCUAUUGGUGUUGUAUCUGGUGACAUCUUGGUUAAUGGUCAGCCGUUGAUGCCAAAUUUUCCUCGUCGUACUGGUUAUGUACAGCAGCAAGACCUCCAUCUUGAGACGACCACUGUCCGCGAGGCGCUCCGCUUCAGUGCUAUGCUUCGCCAGCCAAGGAGUGUCUCUAAAGAGGAGAAAUAUGAGUACGCGGAACAGGUUCUCAAGAUGCUUGGCAUGGAAGACUUUGCUGAAGCGGUAGUUGGAUCCCUUGGCGAGGGCCUGAAUGUUGAACAGCGCAAGCUUCUAAGUAUUGGCGUUGAACUUGCUGCGAAGCCCACUCUAUUGAUCUUUUUGGAUGAACCAACGAGUGGACUGGAUUCUCAGAGCUCAUGGACGAUUUGCCAAUUUCUUCGAAAGCUUGCAGACCAUGGCCAGGCUGUUUUGGCAACGAUCCACCAGCCCAGUGCGACUCUGUUUCAAACAUUCGAUCGUCUACUCUUUCUGGCGAAAGGUGGGAAGACAGUAUAUUUUGGUGACAUUGGCGAACAGUCAUCCACGCUCUUGAAGUACUUUGAACACCACGGAGCUCGACCAUGCGAGGGACUGGAGAAUCCCGCCGAAUACAUCCUCGACAUGGUCGCCGGAGAGGGCUGCCCUGGUGUGGACUGGCCUGCCGUAUGGAACUCGAGUCAGGAGUAUCAAGAUGUCAUUUCUGAGCUCGACCGAAUUCAUCACAUGCGCAAUGACACUAAUCAUGAUCAACUGUCCGAUGAUGACAAUGCCGAAUUUGCCAUGCCAUUUUCCACCCAGCUAUCGGUCGUGCUUGGCCGUUGUUUUCAGGGCCACUAUCGUCAACCAGACUACAUCUAUGCAAAGUUUAUUCUCGCAAUCACUUCGGGCCUAUUCAUUGGAUUCUCUUUCUGGAAGGCCGACAACACUCAACAAGGCUUCCAGAAUGUCCUUUUUAGCAUUUUUCUCUUGUGUACUAUCUUCAACACCCUUGUCAACCAAAUCAUGCCUCGCUUCGUUACUCAGCGAUCGCUGUACGAAGUCCGCGAGCGUCCCUCCCGUAUUUACACGUGGAAAGUGUUUGUGCUCUCACAAAUUAUCGUGGAGGUACCUUGGCAAGUUUGUUUGGGUGUCUGCUCCUGGGCUUCCUUCUACUGGUCCGUGUUUGGCACUGGUCAAGAUUCUGAAAGCCGUGCAUUGAUUAUGUUGUUCAUCGUGCAAUUCUACAUCUACGCUGCAAGCAUGGCUCAAUUCGUCGUGUCCGCUAUUCCAGAGCCCGCUCUUGCCGCCAUGCUCGCAACUCUCAUGUUUGGUCUGUCUUUCAUCUUCAAUGGUGUUAUGCAGCCACCAAGUGUUCUACCCCGAUUCUGGAUCUUCAUGUAUCGUGUCUCGCCAUUCACGUACUACAUAGGUGGCAUUGCAGGUGCUGCACUGCAUGGUCGCACAGUUGAGUGCAAUGCCGCCGAACUCAGCGUCUUCAACCCUCCAUCUGGUCAAACCUGCGGAGAUUACAUGGAGAAAUACGUCGAAAGCGCAGGUGGCUCAGUAUACAACGAAAAUGCCACGUCCGACUGCCAAUACUGUAGCAUGAGCUCUGCAGACCAGUAUCUUGCUGCUCGAGAGAUCUACUAUGAUGACCGAUGGCGCAACUACGGCAUCUUCUGGUGCUAUUUUGUUUUUAACAUCUUUGGGGCAGUUAUUUUGUAUUACUUGUUCCGAGUGAGAACCUCCAAGUCAAUGAUGGCAAAAUCCAAUAAAUGA